AUGUCUAAAGCUACACUUACUUUAGAGCUCCCAUGGGUAGAGAAGUACCGCCCUCACCUGCUAAAGGAUAUAGUGGGAAAUGAGGAGACUGUGGAGCGGUUACAACAGAUAGCAGCAGAUGGUAACAUGCCGCACAUGAUCAUUUCUGGUCUACCAGGUAUUGGUAAAACCACGUCGAUUCACUGCCUGGCACAUGAGAUGCUGGGCGAAUCAUAUUCACAAGCUGUGCUAGAAUUAAACGCAUCUGAUGAUAGAGGUAUCGAUGUUGUCAGAAAUCAGAUAAAGCACUUUGCUCAGAAGAAGUGCCAUUUACCACCGGGUAAACACAAGAUAAUUAUUCUUGAUGAAGCUGAUUCUAUGACUGCGGGCGCACAACAGGCUUUAAGACGUACUAUGGAAUUGUACUCUAAUUCCACCAGAUUUGCUUUCGCAUGUAAUCAGUCAAACAAGAUCAUAGAGCCACUACAGAGUAGAUGUGCUAUUCUGCGCUACUCGAAGCUAUCAGAUGAACAGGUAUUGAAGAGACUACUGGAGAUAAUAAAAGCUGAGGAUGUUCAGUACACAAAUGACGGUUUGGAGGCCAUUAUAUUUACCGCGGAAGGUGAUAUGAGACAAGCUAUCAACAACCUACAAAGUACUGUGGCUGGUCACGGGCUGGUCAACGGUGAAAAUGUCUUUAAAAUUGUAGAUUCACCUCAUCCACUUAUAGUAAAAAAGAUGCUACUGGCAGAAACUUUGGAUGAAUCAAUUGAUUGUCUGAGACAAGAGCUGUGGGCAAAAGGCUACUCGGCAGUAGAUAUAGUCACAACCUGUUUUAGGGUCACCAAAAAUCUUUUCCAAUUAAAAGAAUCUGUACGUUUGGAGAUGAUUAAAGAAAUAGGUACAACACAUAUGAGAAUUCUAGAAGGUGUAAGCACUUACCUCCAAUUGGCCUCUAUGCUUGCUAAAAUUCACAAGCUGAAGGCAUAA